CUUCUCACUCACUUAAUCUCUGUCUCACUCUCUCAGUGCAACAGGUGUUUUAGUUUUGAGGCGAAACUGUAAUUGACAGCUCACUUCCCCAUGCCAAUUAAUGGAUAACAGAAACUUGGCGAAGUGGUUGUACGACUACAAUACUAUCUGUAGUGUGACACUAUCUGUAGUGUUUUGGGAAAGCGAUCUAACAAAUAUUUCUGUCAAGAUCGAUGAACAUUCUCAAAACUAAAAAUGACGAUGAGCCCGGACGUAAACACUACUGUCUGCUUUCCAAAAGGCCCUCCUGAUAUCAACAUCGUUAUAGUUGGCGAUAGUUACGUUGGGAAAACAUCGCUUUUAAAAACGUUCGUGACUCAUGAAUACUCGAAAAAUUAUGAAGGGCCAAGGUAGCAAUGCCUAUUUUGCAUAAAAUUUGCUUGUUGCCAUAUACUUUAAUAUUGCGUUAUCAGAUCACUUGUAGUUUUCUUAUUAUUUCUAAUAGUUUAGAAAGAUACUUCGAAGACAUUACAGUUGAUGGUCAAGAUUUCCAUCUGAUAUUGUGGGAACCAAUUGCCCUAGAAAGUUAUGAUAAAAUGAGGGAAUUUAUAUAUGGAAAAGCAGAAUGUAUUAUAGUAUGUUAUGCAGUCAAUGAUUUGGAGUCUUUUCAACGUGUCUCAACAUUUUGGUGUCCAGAAAUACAAAAAUAUUGUCAAGAUACUCCUAUAUUAUUGGCAGCUUUGAAAGCAGAUUUACGUGAUCAAAAUUUCAAGUGCAUCUCUCGCAGUCAAGGAAAAGAUCUCAAAUGUAUUUUGAAUGCUUCAGGUUUUGUAGAAUGUUCAUCAUUUCUGGGCAUUGGCUUGAAAGAUGUGUUUGUUAAGGCUAUUCAGUGUGUUUUGAAAGAAGAGAAAUGUAAAAUUAAGCAUUGCUCCGAUUGUAAUACAAAGUUUGACUUUCUUCGAAGAAAGCAUCAUUGCAGGCGCUGUGGCCGCAUUUAUUGUGGAUCGUGUUGUGAUACAAGAAUUGGAUUACCAAGGAUGUGUUUUGUGGAUCCUGUGAGAGUGUGCGAGAAAUGUGCUGCUGUAACUAAUAAAGAAAAUGACUUCUUUGAACGUCAGUUAAAAACCCUUACAAAUGGUGCUACCUUUUUGAUACAUUCAAUUGAUAAAAAUUCUGAAAGUGUCAUUUGCAGACUGUCGUCUGACCACAGAUAUUUAAUAUUUGAUGGAACUUCUACCAAGAACUUGGAUCCAGUUGAACUUACUCAAAUAAAGUCAGUUGGUUUAUCAAGAGAUGAAAACUCAGGAAUAAGUAGUGUUGAGAUUGUGUACGCUCAUGAUGAAUUAAAUAACAGGAAGUUGAAGCUUUUGAGUGCCCCAGAGCCUCAUCGGAGGGUCUCAUCUUCAUGGAUUGUGGCUAUUCACCAGGCUUUUAAAUUACUCUACCAACAAGAGAUAGGCACUGAAUGAAGAAGUUGGAUUCGAGUGUAUUCUUACAUAAGCAUGUGAUGAGAAAAUUAUACAAUUGCCAUUUAAUUUUCUCAAUCUCAUUGUUACAAGAUUGCUAUAUUGUUUUAAAGAUUUGUUCAUAUGAAUACAUUUUUGCAAUAUUUACUUGAUCUUCCUGCUGUAGAUCAUAUAAUUUUAUUAUUACAGGAAUAUUAGUAAUACCUGAAGUUUAUUUAGACAUGUUUAUGUAUGUUAUGGUCUAAUGUAAGAAGUUACAGUUAAUGGUGUAGAUGUUACAAUCACCUGAAAGAAAAGAUAUUAAUUUUGUUAUAGUUUCUUUGAUGAUUUAUAAUUGUGUUCUUUUAUUAUUAUGAUAAUAAGUAUUAUAAAUUUCGAUUUUAAAUGAUGAUGAAUAUUUGUUGUAAAAGAAAGUAAUUUAGUUUUCACAUCCGAUUUCAUAAUCAUAAUUAAUGCUGUUUUCUCCAAAGACAAGUUUUACUGUUGAUUACUUCUCAUUUGGAGUUCAUUACUUAUACAGCAUUCUUGAGAUGAUUGUAAUAAUAGGAUAGAAAGAGGAAAGGUACUUUCUUUAGUCUGUGAUUUGUGUAGCCAAUUCUUGUAUUCCAGCUUGUUGCCAUGUUCAAGUAUUUCAUAUACGUCUAUUAAAUAGUAUAAGAAAGUGCUCUUCCAAAUGAGUCUGACUUUUCUAACAAGUUAUUUUUCUGUUAAAUAUCCUCUUUCCAGUAUGCUUGUUAGAAGUUUCAAGUUCCAAAAUAUUUAAUAAUGUGGAGUAAAACAUGAGUGUUAAGUUAUUCUGGCUACAGAUAUUUUCAUGUAAUGUAAUCUCUUUUGGAUAAGUGAAACUUAGUAAAAGAAAUCAUUUAAUGUACUUUUUUAAUUUACGUAUCAUAAAGUGGAUUGAGUUGAAACUUAAAAACUUUCAAGCAUGAGACUAGUAUCUAUUUUUGGAAAUUGGAAAUGCAAGGUCCAGUUAGGUCUCUCUCUUACAAGAAUAUUGGUAGUUUUACUCUUCCAAAUCUGAGAAUGGAAGCACUCAAACACACAAGGGACACAAAACUAUUUUAAAGUGUGAUUUUGAGAUUUAGAGUUUGAUAAUAACUCACAAUUCAAUCGGAUGUUUGCAGUUGUUGAACAGAUGUAAGCAUUAUUUUUUUGUAAUUGUGUAUCAUGGAUAUUAAAAUGAUUAUUGUUUUCAGAUAUUUGCUUAUCAAAUUCAGAAUGAAAACUUCAUUUAAUGCAGUUACUCAUUUUCUGUAACAUUCUGUAACUUCAGAAGAGUGAGGAUAUUUUUUAUAAUUUUGUAAUUACAUACGAGAUAAAAUAUGAAUUUGAAGAUUUUAUAGUUUGUAAAGAACAGAAAUAUGUGUUUUUUCUAGAAAGCACUGUUCUUUUACAAAUAUUCUGCUUAGAUAUAUUUGUCUUCUAAAUUUUAUUAUUGUAAAGAAAAUACAUAGAUUAAACUACUGUGUACAUUUUUAAUACAGCAAUAAUAUGUUCUUUUGGUUAAAAGGUAUUAAUUAUGCAAUUAUUGUUCUACAGUUCACAUUGCAAUGUUUAAUAGGAGUGAAGAAAAUUAUUAACUUGAAUAAUAAUAAAAGUAAUUUCAAGAUUACUCCAAGGAAGCUUUCAGAAUUGAUUUCUUUUACUCAGUUCCUGAUCAUUUGGGUGAAAUAUCAAGUUCUCAGAAGGGUGCAGAAGGUGAUAAGAGUGCAGGAUCUGUAAAAUACACAAUUCUCAGGUGUCAUUCUCUUGCAUCUGUACUUCAUCAUUUAUUUUUUCUUACUCCAGGACAAUGUACAUGGACAUUUCAAUACCAUACCAUAUUUAGAAGCUGAGUAGUCCUUGUAUCAAAUUGCCAUUAAAUAACACAUUCUUUGAAAUUACAUGAAUUGUAACAAUUGUAAGAAGUGUAAAGUUUCCAUUUUAUUUGGGUAAUAACCAAUUCUUGAGAAUUCCAAAACUUAAGAGCUGGAUAAGUACUCCAUUUUGAGUCAUUCCAUGUUUCCCUCAUUAUUGUUUCCAAUGAGAAAAUGUUUUACUAUUUUAGACAAUGUUCAGUUUUAAACUUCCUUUCUGUAAUGUCGGUUUUCUUUAGAAAUUAAUUUAAAAUUCAGAAUUACUCCUACAAAUGAAUUGUAUCAUCAGGUUAUAUUGUUAUUAUAUUGACAAGUUUAACUAGUUAAUGAUUAUGUAAAUUAAGUUCAGGUUCUUUUAAUCAGAAUUUUCGAUAAUUAUUGACAUUGGAUUGUCAGGAUUGUGUAUUAUUUGUUAUCCUUAUCGUAGACUUCAGAUUAUAGUAAUGUUUUUGAAUGAAAUUUUUAUUAUUGGUUAUUCUUACAAUGGGAUAGUGAUGGAGUGGUCUAAUUUUGUAUAAAGGCUAGACCACACUGGAAAAAACAAUUCAUUGACAAUUUUGAGUUCUUAACCCUAGAAGGCUCAAGUGUUUUUUCAGCGAAAUAAGCAAGCCUAAGGUGAGUCUGCUGGACUCGGUUAUAUUUUUACUUGUUAUUGCAUUCUCUUUGGCAUAGAUGAGUAAUCCAGAGAACCUUAGAAAACUGAGGAACUGUACAUUCCAUUGCAGUUCUUGAGCUUCAGUUCAAUCCAAGUAGGGAUCUUCUUGUUAUUUGAGGAUCUAUUGGAUGUUCUGCCAAGUGUGAGAGGGAAAGUCUUUGUCUUUGGUUUGCUUUCUUCUUACAUUCUGGAUUCAACAUGAGCCACAUGACAUACACAGCAACUCCAAAAACAUCAGUCAGAUUCUUAAAAAAUACAGAAGGCCACAGGUUUAUUUUUCUCUUACAGGGGCAUGUGUUAUUUGAUCUACACUGUUGAGUAUGCCCUUGUUUCAUUUUAAUAUAACAUUCUGUCUAACAUUUUGGAUUUUGUUCUAUAAUAUCCUUAGAAUGAUCUUUGUUGCUGAAAAACAUAGUUUCUUAAUUGGGUGCAGUAACAAAUGGCAUGAGAGUGAAUUUUUUCCUGAAAUUAUUGAGGUGUUGAACCAAUUAAAUAGUUGGAAUACCGAACAAAUGCAAGCUUUGUUGUUGUUUUUUGUAGAGUACCCACAUCCAUUUACUCUACAAUAAUUGUUUGCCCUGGCCUUAGUAUGUAAAAAGGUUUUGUAUGUUUCGUUUCUGUGGUUAGCAUUAUAAGGUGAAGUGGAGUACCACUGAAGUUUCUAUUUUGUGGCUCCUAUGUGUGCACACCUUUCCUAAAAUAGGCAAACCUUUCAAUGAAUGGAAUUAAAAUCUGCCCAAAAUAUCUUCAAGCCAUAUGUAUCUGGCUUUGAAGCCAUGAAUUGCUGGAAAGUCCAUCACUCUUGGAAUGGCCCAAAUUAAUCAGUAGUGUUUAUUGCACCCCGAAAGAUAAUGUGUAGUUAAGAUCUUGCAGUCUGCUUCUCAUGUGGCACGAAUUAGUGUAUAUUUGCUUUCUGCAACACACUUCUUGAUUUGUCGUGAAAGCGAAGGAAAAGGAGGAGCUCUUUGUUUCUUCUCUACUCAAAGUGGCUUGAAAUAUUGGAGACCCAUAUUUUGUAUUCCACAAUACGUCCCUGGUAGAAUCUUUUAUUGUACCUUGUGGAAGCACAACCUCAGAUGUUGCAAUCUUUAUGAUGUUAUUUGAUUCUUUAUUUUGGACUACUCGUGCAUGUCCUUUCCAAUAAAUUGUUCAUUAUCAUUGGUUGUAAUGACAGUGUCUUCACAUUCAUAAACAAUGUCACUAUAAUUACUUCUGACACUAGCACUGUACUCUUUGCUAGAAUCGUUUUGGGGUUUGUAAUCACUAUUGCUUACUGAAAAUGUUGCAUAAAAUUCAUUUUUAAUAUCUAAAUUAAGGCAUGUUAUCUUAGCAUCAAUUAGCCAUCAAUCGUGCGGAUAACAACUAAAAUGAAAAUACUUGGUUCAAGAAGAGAUUGAAAGUCCCCCUGUAUUUAAUUGUGAUAACUGUUUAUUGACUACAUGUAAAUAACUAGACUGCAAAAG